UCAAAUUUCCGAACGUGUCCUGUCCCAAAAGCUAAACCCCAACAAACCAAAACCCCGAAAUAUUAUUCUAUGCCACUGUCUCAGCUGAUGCCGCUUCAUUUCCUCAGCGCCCAAACAGAUUAAAGCUCCCGGUUUUGAAAUUAUAAUUUUUCUUGCGGAUUUCAUAUGCCGGAUAUUGCGUUGUGUUGAAAAUGUCAUCUUUAUCGGUAAAGUUUCCGUAUCAAGAUAGAUGCGUACCUGCUGGGAAAUCAGGCUACAAUCACUUACAGACAUCCUUUGUAGGUUCUUUUCCGGCUGGAAUAUUGCAAAUUAGAGUUGGUUUGAAUAAACCAUCAAAGGGGGCUAAUUUAUUUCCUUGUAUUAAGUGUGAAAAGAAGGAGGAACCCUUUGAACAUGUGUCUGUCGAGCGUCCUCCAUAUUAUAGCUAUAUGGACUCAACGUCUGGGCAACUUGAACCGGCAUCUGGUGCUCGUGCAAGUAUUCCAGGAGAGGAGUACUGGCCUGAAGGCACUGCUAGUCGAGUUAGGGCUGCCAGGGCUCCUGAACCAACUGGAACUUCGGAGGGAUCUCCAUCUUACGGAAAAACUCCAGGAAGUAGGAGGAAGAAGUAUAAAACGGCAGCUGCUGCUGAAUCUUCUCAAGUGAGCAUUGAACCAAGUGAUCCUGUGGUACCUGAAAUCAUUGAGGAGACAAUGGAAGAUCCAAAAGAUUUCUCAUCAGACUAUGUCAUCUACCAGACAGAAUUCGAAGAAGCUGAAGAAGCUGGAUAUGAAUUAGACAAGAAAUUUGGACGCCCUCAUCCAUUUAUUGAUCCAAAAGUGAAGAAGCCAAUGGAGGAACCACUUACUAGUGAAGAACUAUGGUGGAAUUGGAGAAAGCCAGAAAAAGAACAAUGGUCUAGAUGGCAAAGGAGACGACCUGAUGUUGAAACAGUUUUUCUCAAAGCAAUGGCUGAGACUGGGCAAGUAAAGCUUUAUGGUGAACAUCCAACACUAACUGAAACUUCCCUUUACAGAGCUAGGCGUCAUCUUUUCAAGGAAGAAAGGCUUAAGGCUGAGCAAGAAAGACUAGAAAGAAUUGGUCCAAUGGCAUACUACUCUGAAUGGGUAAAAGCAUGGAAGAGAGACACUUCACGUGAAGCUAUUCAGAAACAUUUUGAAGAGACUGGUGAAGAUGAAAAUACUCAACUGAUUGAAAUGUUUUGUCAUCAAACAGAUCGAGAAUAUCGGAUUAUGAUGGGGACUGACCUCCGUAUUCGGAGGGAUCCUCUAGCAAUGCGAAUGCGAGAGGAUCAAAUUAAGCAAAUAUGGGGUGGAGAUCCAGUUUACCCAACUGUGAACUAUAUUCAAGAUCCAGAUGAAGUGAUUGAUUAUAGGGGACCGGAUUUUCAUGAACCAACUCCAAAUAUGCUGGCUCAUCUGAAGGAGCAUGGCAAGAUCAUAUCAAGGGAGGAGCUUGAGAAAAUUUUGGCAAAGGAGAAGACUGAAGAACUUGAGAUAACAGAUAUGGACGAUGCUAUGGCACGAGCUGUUGAUAUUGGUGAAAAUGAAGAGAAUGAAGAAGACAAUGAAGCUGACAGUGAGGAAGAAGAGGAGAAAAUCAGGCGGAAUUGGAGUGUUCUGAAAAGUACUCCGCAGCUUAAAAAGUCAAAGGCUAAGCCAAAAAAGGGGGAUCCAAUGUCCUUGGAAGAGGCAGUCGAAGAUUCUGAAAACUUGACUGAUUUUCUCAUGGACUUUGAAGAAGAUGAGUGAGGGCUAUCCACCGCAGUAUAUUUCUAUGGGUUGCAUAUAAUAUGAUUUUUAGGGAGUGAAUUUGAAUUACCAAGUGAAUGCUACCAGGUGAGAUAAGAGAGUUUGAGGAGGUGGAAUUUGGGUGUGGAGGGAUGGAUAUAUGAGGAAAGUGAAGAUGGUGAAAUGUACAAGGUUUUCAUUGUCAAAGGCACUCUUAUUGAUUGAUAACUCAGCUACUCGAGGACAUUUGAAAUUUUCAUGACAGCUGAAUGAAGAUCCAACGAGGUUCCUUUUCAAUUGCUUUCUGGAAAACGCCUUCAAAACCUUGGGAGUGAGGAGGGUAUCAUGUGUCGUCUUAGGGGCCUGUAUUCAGAAGUAAGAACCACUGGCAAGUAGAAUGGGUCAACAUAAAUGCAAUUACAAGUACAGGGCUUAUUAAGAAAUCAUUGGAUAUUGUUGCACUUGUAGUUGAAUUCUGUUGGCACAUUGCACUUACAAUCUUUUUCUCAAAUUCA